AUGUCGUGGGCACACGCGAGGGAGAAGCUCGACUCGCUGCAGGAAGAGCGGACCGAUGCCGAAUCGCUGGAGCAUCGCAUUGCGCUCCCCACGACCGACCUGAACGCGGCGCACACGCUGCCAGACGUACAUAGCUUCUGGCUGGGCAAGACUGGCUCCAGCAACGACGCGUUCGCGCUCAAGACGCGCACAGAUCAACCCGUGAACGGCAGCUACUUCUUUCUCACGGCUACCGACGUUCUAGAAGCGGAGCGACGUUCGAGGUUCCGAGGGAGGCAGCAUCGUGCAGGUGCGCCUGCCGGAGGGGAUGAGCGCCACGACCUGCUGCCGAUCAUCCAAAAGCACGUCAUGUUCGUCCUUGGGUCCUCGCUCAGCGGCAACAUGACGAGCUUGCUGCGUCUGAGCUUCUCGUGGUACGACUUCCUAAACAUGCAGCCCGGUGCUCUUCGUCUGUCGGACGCCAUUCGCGGGUACCAAGAGGUGUUCGCUGCCCAGUACAAGCCCGCCGCCGCCACGUCCGCGGCCAGCGACCGCAACAACCUGGACGUCGUCAUGGACGUGACGCUGCACGCAGAGAAGGCGAUCUUGUACCUGCGCGAGCAGAAGGACGCCGGUAAGAUCAGCAAGCUGUCGGCUCUGAUGUCGUCACCACUGGUGCUCACGACGCUGGCCUGUGGCCCUCCCGUCUAA